AUGGCGCCAAGAAGACAACCUCCACGUACACGAACAUCUAAUCCACCCCCUCCUCCACCAAUGCCUACAAAUGAGGCGGAAUUGAAUGCAUUAAUAGGAGAAAGGGUUUCCCAAGCUAUAGCCCUUUAUGAGGCCUCACGUGCCGAACACAGCGGUGGCACUGGCGGAUCAGGAGGAUGCACAUUCAAGCAGUUUCUAGACUGCAAGCCACUCAAUUAUGAUGGCACAGGCGGUGCUGUGGCUUAUGUGCGUUGGACGGAGAAAACGGAUUCCACCAUAAGAAUGAGCAGAUGCUCUAUUGAUCAGCAAGUCACCUACGUCACUGGCUUGUUCAUCAAUGAGGCCCUUACAUGGUGGAAUUUACAAGUGCAAACUUUGGGUGAUAGUGUAGCAUACGGAUUGACAAGGGAAGAGUUGAAAGAAAGGAUGAGAGAAAAAUAUUGUUCCCGUGCUGAACUCCAGAAGUUGGAGAACGAAUUUUGGAAUCUUACUAUGCGUAUUGAACGCUAUAUUUGGGGACUUGCUCCUGAGAUCCGAAGCCAUGUUACUGCAGCAGAACCCAUAACUAUCACACAGGCGGUAACUUUAGCUGUAAGCCUUAAUGAAGACGCGAUCCGGAUAAAGAAAUAUAAUGUGAAAGGAGAUGAGAAGAAAGAAUCACAUGUUGAGUCUUCCAAUGGUGGAAAAAGGAAGUACUCAAAUUUCAAGAAGGGAACUCGUAGGAACAACAACUACAACAAUAACACCAACCCCAACAACAAUACCAACAACAACAACUACAACCGCAGUAACCACAACAACAAUAACAGCAACCGUAAUCACAACAACCCCAACAAUUAUAACAUAAAACAAGAGAAUACUCAGGCAAGGGAUGCAAAGGCGUUUGUAGCCACCAAUGAUACUCGCCCAAAGAAGUACUCAGGUACUAUGCCCAAGUGUGAGCGAUGCGCAUAUCAUCAUGUGGGUAAUUGUAGGAAAUGUGACAAGUGUGGCAAGCUUGGCCACCGUACCGAGUCAUGCUGGGGAUCAGGAUCAGGAACGGAGAAUAGAAAUAAUAAUAAGAAUGGUAAUGGGCGUGAGCAAGGAUGUUUUGGAUGCCGAAGCAAAGAUCACCUCAAAAGGGAUUGCCCUAAAGAAAACCAAGCUCGUGGUCGAUCAUUUGUGAUUGGAGCCAAGGAUGCGCGCCAAGACCCUAUUGUAGUCACUGGUACGUUCCUCCUCAACAAUCAUUUUGCAUCCACAUUAUUUGAUACUGGUGCCGAUUUUAGCUUUAUCUCUGUAGAAUUUAAAAAUACUCUGGGACUAAAAUCUAGUAAAUUAGAUGUCCCAUAUUCUAUAGAAUUGGCUAACGGCAAACUAGUAGAAUCGGGGGAAGUUGUUACGGAGUGUUCCUUACAACUUGGAGAACAAAAAUUCACUAUCGAUCUCUUACCUAUUGAGUUGGGUAGUUUCGAUGUAGUGGUUGGCAUGGAUUGGCUAUCCAAUAAUCGAGCGGAAGUCGUUUGCCACAAAAAGAUCAUUCGCAUACCACUACUGAACGAAGAGAUACUGGUGAUACAUGGAGAGAAGUGCGACACCCCAUUAUGGAUCAUCAAUUGCAUGAAAGCAUAG